AUGGCUCCAUUGGGUACAAUGCUGGUCCUCCUUUCAUUAGUACUAGGCAGUGCAAAAAUAAUUCCUCAAGCAGAAGCUCGGGCAUUUUUUGUGUUCGGUGAUUCUUUGGUCGACAAUGGAAACAACAACUACUUGGUCACCACUGCUCGCGCCGACACACCACCGUAUGGAAUUGAUUUUCCGACGCACAGUCCCACCGGUCGUUUCUCAAAUGGCUAUAACCUCCCUGACUUGAUAGGUCAAUACUAUGGCUUGGAAGCAACAUUGCCAUACUUGAGUCCGGAGCUUUCUGGGGAUAAGCUGCUUCAUGGUGCUAACUUUGCCUCUGCUGGAGUCGGCAUCCUUAAUGACACUGGAGUCCAAUUUAUUAAUAUCAUUGGGAUGUACGAUCAAAUAGCAUACUUUCUGCAGUACCAGAAGCGACUGAGCGAUCAAAUUGGAGCUGAAAAUGCUACGAAACUCGUCAAGGAGUCCCUUGUUCUGAUCACUUUGGGUGGCAACGAUUUCGUCAACAACUAUUACUUGAUACCUUACUCUCCAAGGUCUCAGCAAUUCAAUCUCCAAGACUACUGUAAUUACCUCAUCUCUGAAUAUCGAAAAAUUUUACAGAGACUACAUGAAGUAGGAGCGGAAAGGGUAAUAGUGACGGGAACAGGACCAUUGGGAUGUGUCCCAGCAGAAUUAGCCAUGCGGAGCAGCAAUGGUGAAUGUGCAGAUGAACUGCAAACUGCCGCAUCACUUUUCAAUCCCCAACUAGCCGAAAUGCUCACUGGACUAAACAAAGAGAUAGGCAGUGAUGUCUUUGUUGCUGCAAACACCAAUCGAGCACACAUGGAUUUCAUUGCCAACCCUCAAGCAUUUGGUUUUGAGACAGCUAAGAUAGCAUGUUGUGGACAAGGCCCUUAUAAUGGGAUUGGACUUUGCACACCUUUUUCCAACUUGUGCCCCAACAGAGACACAUAUGUAUUCUGGGAUGCUUUUCAUCCAACUGAAAGGGCCAACAGGUUGAUUGUGCAGCAGAUGUUCAAUGGCUCAACAUUUUACAUGAAUCCCAUGAACAUUAGCACCAUCAAGAUUUUGGAUCCAUAG